AUGUUCCCCCAAAAAUGUUAUGGAUGCAAAACAUCAAAAACAUACAACACCAGGUAUUCGCUGGUCGUCACCGACCCAACUACUAAUCCGGCCCUCAUUGGCUUAUCUAUGGGAGAGCGGACGGGAUCCCGAGUUUUCCAAUGGGUAUGGUCGUAUGUGGUAGCGAAGAGAAGUAAAGUUGGCUAUAUCGUGGGCGAUCAAAGGGCAGAAUUUGAUCUCAACUUCCAAUCCACUAAGUAA